AUGCCAGAGAAAGAGACAGAUUUGCUACCGUGCGAAGUCUCUUCUCCCGUUUCGCCACAUACCCCACCCCAACCCCUCUUUGCAGGUGAUGCACUAGACUCGAUCCCGCCAGAAACCCAGCCGGCACAGAGUGUACGGGGGCAUGGUGCCCCACACCCUAAACCCUAUAAGGCGAGCGACGCAACACUGGCACGUGCCAGCGUGGGCGCCCAAAGAUUAGAUAAGCAGGCUAGUCAAAAAAUAAUAGAGCCACUGCAAAAGCUAUUAAAAAAGGAAGUAAAGUGGGAAUGGUCUGACAAAGAGGAACAGGCAUUUACGACUAUCAAACACUUACUAACGACAGCACCAAUCUUAGCCUGUCCUGAUUUUGGAAGUACAUUUCAACUUGAAACUGAUGCUAGUGAUAUAGGAUUAGAAGCCGUUUUAACACAAACAAUAAACGGCGAAAAUUAUGUAAUAGCGUUUGCGAGUAGAGGUCUAAAUGGUGCUGAACAGGAAAAAUAUAAAGUUUUCGAUGAAUUUGGAUCAAGAAAAGGGGAUCCGAGAAUUCAAAAAUUAGCGGAAGAGAAACGAAUUUUCUACGGCCUUCCAACAAUGGAAGAAAUAAGAAGAGGGUUGAAAGAGAAGAAACAAAAAGAAGAGGAUCAGCAGGACAAGGAAAGAGAAGAAAGGGAAACAGAAGAAAUGAAAAGAUUAAUAAAAUUAAGACAGGAAAUAUAUAUCAACGAUGCUAUAAGGAAGAGGAAGGAAGAAAAACUAGAGAAAGAAAGAAUAAGAAGAGCGACAGAACAAGAAGAGAAAACAAAAAAAAAGAAAAUAAGUAAAAAGAGCCCAGAGGAAAAUAGAAGAAAAUAA